AUGCGGGUUGGCGAUGGUGGUGAGAGUGAGGAGCGGCCCCGCGGCGGCGGCGCGGCGGUGAGGAGGAAGUGCGGGGCCGUGGUGGAGGACGGGGAGGCGAGCGGGUGCUCGGCGAGCUCGACCAGCCGCGGGAGCAGCGCGCGCGGAUCCUCUGGCGGCGACUCGCCUCUAACCAGGUUCGUGCGCCGGGGUGGUCGACUGGGGACGGAUCCGGAGCGGGACGAGACGCUCACUUCCUCAUCCUCCUACGCUUCUGCAGGUUCCACGGAGCCACAGGAGGAGGACGACGAUGCGGCAUUAGAAGCGGCCAAGGACAAGAGGUGGGUACAUGCACGACCCCAAGGGCAGACCAAGAAUGCAGCAGCAGUCCCCUGUCUCACCGGCGAACGCCAAGACCAGCGGCAUCGGUUGGGAUCCCUUCUUUUCCAAGGCAGGAAGGACAGGGCGCAGCGGCCGGCCUCGCUUGAUUUCGGCUGCCCUGGUCCUGGUGUUGCCAGGUCAUCAAUGCCGCAUUCUCCAGGGUUCCCGGUCACUGGUGUCGGGGUGAUGAACAAGGGGCUGGGCAUAUCAAAUUCAUCACACGGUGGUAGGCCAGACGUGCUGUCUAGUCCAGGGACACCGAGCUACGACCGGCGUGGGAUGGCAGGCGUUGGCUAUCAGCAGGGUCCGAUUUCCGAAAGAGUGAUGAUCCCGCCUUCGGACGGCCAUAGAAGGCAUCCGGGAAGCGGCAUGGUGUUGCCUUAUAGCAGUGGGAGGACACUGCCGUCGAAAUGGGAGGAUGCAGAGAGGUGGAUCUUCAGUCCUAACCCCAAUAACGCACUUGGGAGGUCGAUCCCGCAACUCUGGCGGCCGAAAUCCAAAAGUGGUCCUGUUGGACCUCCUGGUAGAUUUGGUGGGGCAUACUCUUGUGUUUCAUCAUCUGCUCAGUUUCUUGACAAUGCUAGAGUUGGAAAUCUCACAGUGAAUGCACCUUACCUGGCUGGGGUCUUGCUACCUGAGCAUGUUUGUGGGGGUGUUAUGGACUUGGGAAGGGAUCUAAGUGGUGCAUCGGGUGACGAUAGCAGCAAUGGCCGAGGAGGCAGGCCUGGUCAAAUGAAUGGUCGGCAUCCUGCUAUGCAGUCUACCAGGGUUUCUCAGCAACUUGGUAGUGCAGUCGAGUCAUAUCAGUCAUUGCCUACUUCACUUGAAUCUAUACAAGAUGGUGGGAUUGAAAGCAUAAAAGACUCUGCCACUAGCAGUGCCCCCAUAAUUGUGAGGAAGGAUGUGGCAACACAAACAAGCCCUGAUAUUAGCAGGUCAUCUUCUCCCAGCAUGAGGUCUUCCUUCUCCCGUUCACUAUCGGCGCAACAAGUCAAAGAGCUGGAGAGUUGUUUCUCUAAGCUUGAGGUCAGGGAUGUGCAAGUGGAUGAUCGGGUGACUCUGACUAGGUGGUCCAAGAAACAUGUCACCCGAGGCUCUGACAAGAAUGCACCAAAUAUUAUUGAAUGGAAGAAAAAGACUAUGGAUUCUAAAUCUUCUGCCUGGGAAGUAACAGAAACCACAAAGUGUAUAUCAAAGAUUGAGGGAGAGGAGACAAAAAUGACUGCAUGGGAAAAUAUGCAAAAAGUUGAAGCAGAAGCAACCAUACAAAAGCUUGUGGUCUGGCUCUUGGAAAACACAGGUGGUACGCAGUACAUCAACCGUAAAUCAGGAUCAGCAUAUUUCCAGGACUAUCAAAACGGCGCCACACCUCAGCAAGAACGGUCAAAUGAGUUCGUUGAGUGGAUGCUUCACAUGUCAUGCUUUCUAGAGAUGUAG